CCGGUGCCUCCUUGCGGCAAGCAAGCCAGCAUCCACUUCAGUCCACGGCCGCCGAACCCGGGACCCCCCCCCGCGUCCACAUGAGACAGACAUGCUCGCCUUCGUGCUGGUGUCCGGCUCGCUGUGGAUCAUUUUGGUGUGAGCGCCUCUGCUCGUAAGUGCUUCCUCAGCAUUUAAGACCUCAUGGCGGAGUGGAACAUAAUGGCUGCCAGAGCUGAGUUCGACGCUGAUGGAGAAGAUGCAAGCCCAGGAGAUGCUGAGCGGCCUGAGGGUGCCAGACAUGGGCGAGCUGGGCCACUUCUUCAGCUCGCUGCCGACCUCCACGCUGGUGGGCAUCGGCGCCCUCACCGCUGUGUUGGCCUACUGGCUGGCCACCAGGCCCCGCCCCAUUAAACCACCAUGCAGCCUCCUGCAUCAGUCCGAGGAGGUGCCGCGUGAAGAUGGGGGUCGCAGGUCCAUGAUGGGUGACAGUUCCAAGCUGCUCAGUCAUUACCACGACGACGCUAGGACAAUGUACGAGGUCUUCCAGCGAGGCCUCCAUAUAUCAGGUGACGGGCCUUGCCUGGGCUCGCGACUUCCCAACCAGCCUUACAAAUGGAUGUCCUACAAAGAGGUCACGUCCCGGGCCGAGCAUCUGGGAUCGGGCCUGCUACACCAGGGCUGCAAGGCCAGUCCGGACCAGUUCAUUGGAGUCUUUGCUCAGAACCGGCCCGAGUGGAUCAUCUCAGAGCUCGCAUGCUACACGUACUCCAUGGUGGUGGUGCCCCUCUACGACACGCUGGGUCCGGAUGCCAUACGCUUCAUCAUAAACACGGCCGACAUCUCCACGGUUAUCUGUGACAAGUUGGACAAGGCGCAAGUGCUGCUAGCUAACGUGGAGCGCGCGGAGACGCCGGCCCUGCGCCGCAUCAUCCUGAUGGACGCCCUGGACGCCGCCCUGGUGGGGCGCGGACUCGGCUGCGGCGUGCACGUGCAGGCCAUGGAGGAAGUGGAGGCGCUGGGCAGAGAUCACCAUCGAAAACCUUUACCGCCCUCACCGCAAGACCUUUCUAUCGUGUGCUUCACCAGUGGAACCACAGGAAACCCCAAAGGGGUGAUGCUCACCCACGGGAACGUGGUGGCCGACUUCUCGGGCUUCCUUAAAGUGACCGAUAAAGUGAUUUUCCCCAACCGGGACGAUUGCCUCAUUUCGUUCCUGCCGCUGGCUCACAUGUUCGAGAGGCUCAUCGAGUCGGUGGUGUACUGCCACGGCGGGCGCAUCGGCUUCUACCAGGGCGACAUCCGCUUGCUGCCCGAUGACAUGAAGGCCUUGCGGCCCACCAUUUUCCCCGUGGUGCCCCGCCUGCUCAACCGGAUGUACGACAAGAUCUUCAGCCAGGCCAACAGCCCUCUGAAGCGCUGGCUCCUCAACUUUGCCGCCAAGAGAAAAGGCGCCGAGGUUAGCAGCGGCAUCAUCCGCAGCGACAGCGUCUGGGACAAAAUCUUCUUCAGUAAGAUUCAGGCCAGCCUGGGUGGGAGACUGAGGAUGAUCAUAACAGGAGCAGCUCCCACAUCGCCCGCUGUGUUGGGGUUCCUCCGAGCAGCUUUAGGAUGUCAGGUGUACGAGGCGUACGGGCAGACGGAGUGCACGGCCGGCUGCACCUUCACCACGCCCGGCGACUGGACACCAGGUCACGUCGGCGCGCCGCUGCCGUGCAACCUCAUCAAACUGGUGGAUGUUCCCGAGAAGAACUACUUUGCCGCCAAAGGGGAGGGCGAGGUUUGCGUGAAGGGACCAAACGUGUUUAAGGGCUACCUCAAAGACCCCGAGAGGACCGCAGAGACGCUGGAUCCGGACGGCUGGCUCCACACCGGCGACAUCGGCAAAUGGCUGCCCAACGGCACGCUGAAGAUCGUGGACAGGAAGAAGCACAUCUUCAAGCUGGCGCAGGGCGAGUACAUCUCGCCCGAGAAGAUCGAGAACAUCUACAUACGGAGCGAGCCCGUGGCCCAGCUUUACGUGCACGGAGACAGCCUACAGUCCUGCCUUGUGGGGAUUAUCGUGCCCGACCCAGAGGUCAUGCCCACCUGGGCCAAGAAGAAAGGGAUCUUAGGCACCUACAAGGACCUGUGUAAAAACACAGAACUUAAAAAGGCCAUCCUUGAGGAUCUGGUGCGUUUGGGCAAGGCCAGCUCUCUGCAUUCCUUUGAGCAGGUGAAGAACAUCUACAUCCACAGCGAGAUGUUCUCCAUCCAGAAUGGCCUGCUGACGCCCACGCUGAAGGCCAAGCGGCCUGAGCUGAGGGAGUUCUUCAAGGAGAAGAUCGAUCAGCUCUAUAGCACCAUUUCCAUGUGAGGGUAGACCUCCAAAACAACAACAUUGCGCACUGGCGAACAAGCAGCAAAAAAACCCAACAAAAAAACCCCGUCACCCUUCACCCAUCCAGAUCGACCUCGACAUGCAGUAGUUUCAUUUAAAUAUCCAAGACAUGGACUUUUUUUUUGUCUGUUCACUCAACCUCCUGCCUUAGCAGUAAUGGUGGCCAUUUUGAGGCGUACACCUACCACUCUUCUCUUUCUCAUUGUUUUUUUUCUUUUUUUUUUGAAAGGCAAAACAGGACUUGGGGCAGUGCAUGCAGUUGCCCCCUGGUGAAACUACAAAGCAACCUUUCACUUUUAAUUAACCAGCCACUUGUUUUUAAUUUUUUUUUUAAAUCACACACGAAUAAUGUAGAAACUUUUCAAGAUUGAUUCUUGUCUCAAAGUGUAAAAAUGAAUGAUGUAUGUACAUACAUGAGGACAGCUUCGCUUUAGAUGUAAGCUUAUUUAUUGACGACUCGAGUCAGCGGUUUAAAUUGGAUUUUUAUUACUUUUAUUCUUUUAAUUGCCUCUGUGUAGUCGGACAAAUUGGACGUAUUUAUUAUUUUUCUCUGCAGUCGAAUCAGCAGCAUAUCCUUGUAAUUAAAACAAUGAUGACAAUGACUAGGGGCAGGAGGGGGACCGGGUUCAUGAAAUAAAAGAACAUUCUGGAAUGGUUUUAAA